UGGCACAACGUGACAAUAGCAUCCAAAAAACUGAGUGCACAAAAAAUCAAGUGUAAACGACACAAAUCUUCUCUUAUGUGGUCUCUGAUAUCCAUCGAAAAGCCAAUGCUGAAAAAUUGAGUCAACCAUGGCGAUGGAGGCAUGGUUCAUGGAUGAGAGCGAUGCAGACCCGAGGCUUCCUCACCAUCUGAACCCCAAAGAGUUUGUUCCUCUGGACUAUUUGGCAGAGCUGGGUGUGCUCUACUGGCACUUGAACCCCAAGGACUAUGAGAACGAUGAACAACUGCGCCAGAUAAGAGAAACCAGGCGAUAUAAUUACAUGGAUUUGCUUGAUAUAUGCCCGGAGAAAUUGGAGAACUAUGAGGACAAGCUGAAGAACUUCUACACUGAGCACAUUCAUGGUGAUGAAGAGAUACGUUACUGUUUAGAAGGAUGCGGGUACUUUGAUGUCCGAGACAAGGAUGACCGUUGGAUUAGAAUCUGGAUUAAGGCCGGUGAUCUUAUCAUUUUACCUGCCGGAAUUUACCACAGGUUCACCCUGGAUACCAGCAACUAUAUCAAGUUGAUGAGGUUGUUUGUGGGAGAGCCUGUGUGGACUGCUUACAAUCGACCGCAGGAAGAACAUCCGGCUAGGAAGGAGUACAUUGAGAGCUUCACUAAGAAAGUUGGAGUGGCAUUGGAAGCUCAUUAAAGGGCUUCUUCCACUGUUCUUACAAGUCUUUGUGUUAUGGGAAAGAUCGUCUAGAUUGAAGCUUUAUAUAUGCAGUUUGAAAGUUCCCUUGGACCUUUCAACAAAAUGUAUGUAAUAAUGAAAAUCUCAUUACUCUUCUCAAUAUGUAAGUUGGACUUUGGGUUUUUGUCUCUUA